AAAAAAAAAGGAGAGGAACAAACGCGUUCCCAAGAAGUAGUAAAAUAAAAUGACGAAAGAAGUGUGAGGAAGUAGUCAACUGUUGAGGUAUUUCUACAACACCAAUCAAUCGAUCCGAUAUCUCUUUUUCCAUUUUUUCCUUGUCCGCCACUUCUUCUUCAUCAGCUUAUAAGUAUGGAUGGUCGCCGUCCUUUACCAGAAGAUCUAGUAGUUGAUAUUCUAUUGAGAUUGCCAGUGGAAUCACUCUUGCGUUUCAAAUGUGUGUGCAAGCACUGGUAUGCUCUCAUCAAAAGUCCGAGUUUCAUAGAAAAACAUUUUCAUCACAAGAAUAAUUGUGCCCGCCUCCUUGUUUGCAUCUUGAAAGUAGCACGUGUACACCCCAUCGUAAGGUCUGUUGUAUUCUCCUUGCUCCCUGAAGAAAUUGUUCCAGGUGUGACCCCUGAACAAAAAACUCUCCUUCAGCUUCGGAUCACUGAUUUCACGUGUGUUGCUGGUCCAGUUAAUGGCUUAUUCUUAGUGCAGAAGAAGUUUUAUGGAUACAAUGUCUGCUUGGGUUUGUGGAAUCCUGCCACCAGAGAGUUCAGGUCUCUGCCUCCUGCGCCUUUUGUGAUUGAGUACUUUUUCUCGGACCAUGAUCAUCAGUUCGGAUUGGGAUUUGACCUGUUGACUCUAGAUUAUAAGGUUGUAUGGAUUCGAGUGUUCUGGGAUGAACUGGGACAAGGUGCUAAUAAUCGUGUCUAUGCCUGUGUCUAUUCCUCAUGCAACAAUUCAUGGAAAUACCUUACUCCUGAAUUCCCUCCCAGUUCUACCUUAUCUGCACCCCUUGACGCCACUUAUCUCAACGGGGUUUAUUAUUGGCUUUGUAGGGGCCUUGAUGAGAUCUACACGAUUCGCUCUUUUGACAUGGGCAGCGAACAGUUUGGGGAGAUGCAAGUCCCAGAUAUUCCAAGUGAACAUUGGGGGACACUUACAUUGCAUGGCGGCUCACUUGCUAUGUUAACCGGAGACCCUGGUAAACCAAUGACAUCCAUAUACGAUGUGUGGGUAAUGAAACAAGACAGAAAUUGGUCCAAAGUUCUAACUGUACAACCUCAUAUAGAUGCUCAUUGGCCUCGCAACAUCUUGGAUAAUGAUAAGAUGGUUUUCGAGAUCACAGAAACUUCACAGCUGGUGCGAUAUGACCCUAAAACAAGACAAGUUACAGAUCUUGGAUUUCACCUGGACCUUAACAUUGCUGGCUGUUGGGUUUUCAAUUACAAGGAGAGCCUAGCUCCAAUAAAGAGAGGAAACGAGACACAGGGCGAGGUCGAGCAAAUUGAACACUUCUUCUAUACCAUACCAAUGGAUGAGUAUCGUUAAGAUUUGGAAUACAAAAUACUAUAAUGAUAAUAAUUGAAAAACAGGAAGAAAAAAAAACGAUUUACCUGUAAUAUUGUGACAUUAGUUCGUAUCUUGUCUUCUUAUAACAUUGUGUUUGAGCUUAAAAUUGUUUGGAUCAGUCAUCUUUGUACUAUUAUUGAAUAAAAAGCUGACAUGGUAUUUUUUGUUUAUGGUAUCAA